AUGUCUGCCAAAGUGACCGCCACCGGCCCUCUGGGCGAGGGCGAGGCUCGCUGGAUCAAGCUCAUCAAGAUCAACUACGACGACCAGAACGGCAACUCCCGCACCUGGGAAUCCGCCGAGCGCCGCACCCGCCCAAAGAACGGCGAGAUUGACGGCGUCGGCAUCGUCGCCAUCCUCGAGAAGCCCACCGGCCCCGAGAUCAUCCUCCAGAAGCAGUACCGCCCGCCGAUUGACAAGAUCUGCAUCGAGGUUCCCGCGGGGCUCGUGGACGAGGGCGAGACGGCCGAGCAGGCUGCCGUGCGCGAGCUCAAGGAGGAGACGGGAUACGUUGGCAAGGUGUCCGAGACCACGCCGAUCAUGUUUAAUGCUCAGGCGCAGCUGACGUCGAUUUGCCUUCAAGACCCCGGAUUCUGCAAUACCAAUCUCCGCAUGAUCCACGUCACCAUCGAUACCUCCCUCCCCGAGAACCAAAACCCAAAGGCCGAACUGGAAGAAGGAGAAUUCAUCGAGGUCUUCACCGUGCCGCUGUCCAACUUCUGGGCAGAGUGCAUUCGUCUGGAGAAGGAAGGCUACGCCAUCGAUGCCCGCGUGGGGACUAUUGCCGAAGGCAUUGAAUUAGCAAAGAAAUUCAAGCUAUAA